UCACCACUCAUAGAUCGUUUAAUUGUUAGCUAAACAUGACCUGUGUGCUGCUUGUGUCUCAAUGACAGAUACUGUAGUUUAAGAUGGUUAGAAAAAACUCUACAUAGCUCCUAUUUUUUGAUGUAAUAAAUAAGGCUAUCACUCCGUAACAGAUGCCAGCUGGUGUGUCGUGGCCCCGGUACAUCCGGAUGUUGGGAGCCAGUGUUCUGGCCAUGUUUGCAGGAGCACAGGUCGUCCAUCAGUACUACCUUCCUGAUCUGAGUAUACCAGAAAUCCCACCAAAACCCGGAGAGCUUCGGACAGAACUACAUGGUUACAAAGCUAGAGAAGAAGCUGCUGCUGCCUUUCAAAGGCUUAAAGAAGGACAAAAUGUGGACUGAUGGGGAAAUACAUUUCUUUUAGAAGAAAUACUACUAUGUUCCUUGGGACAGAAUCUCUACUGAAACGGAUAUGUUGGUCUUUCGCCUUAUGUUAUACACAGACAAUAAAUCUUCAUGUCUGAAUGAAACGGAGCCAAAGAGACCUGGUGAACAGAACAUCACAUAGCAUCAUUAUUACCUCCAGCCUUCUUUCAUUUGAUUGCGGUUUAAUCCAUUUAUAAUAAUCAGUCGCAAUUACACUUGGCUUUCUCUGAAUUAUUGUCAUGAGCAUAAUUAUUUUGAUGACUAUUUUGUCCAUUUUAAAUGUUGCUUAUUUUAGAGAAGUAAUGAAAAGAGUUAAAUAAUAUUAGAAUGUUUUAUUAAUUCAUGUCAUGCCCAUUACCGCCAUGGUUUCCAGCUACAGGUGAAAUAUAUAAAUAAUAAAAGUGUUAAACUGGAA